GCCCGAGAAGUUCGUGGCCUUGUGAGCUGGUAAGCGCAGUCAAGCACCGGGCCGCGUCCGAGAAGGUAACGGCAUGCUACAAGACAUCGUACGUGCCACGGCUUACAAUGGUGUAGCAAUCAGUGCGUCGUCGGUACCAAGAAAUGGGCACCACCGUCGUUUGUGCGGUACUAUUCGGCGCCGUUUUCGGGGUGCUAUCCGCGUCCCUGAGCAAGGCGCUACGUUAUCAGGCGCCGGACGAGUGCAAGUGGGUUGUCGUCGACUCUGACGUCGAGGACGACGUGGCCUUAGUGUGUAAACUUCGCACCAUUAACAGUGAACUCGAGAACACCAACUUCAGUGUGAUACAACCGCAGCAUACGGUGCGGUUACGGUUAGAAUGCAGCGACGGGCUCUUCUUUCAGAGCUCGCUGAGUGCGGGCAGUUUCAAGCCUCUCGUCGAACUACGCGAACUCUCCAUAGAGUACUGCAAGAUAGGGAAUCUAUCCGACGGCGCGUUCAAAGGACUGAAAGAACUGCGGAAUCUGACGGUUCGCACGCACAACACGGACUGGUCGGCCAUGGCGUUGGAGGUUUCGCCGGACGCCUUCGACGACGAGCUGAGGAACCUGGAACGGCUCGAUCUCGGCGAGAACAACAUGUGGAGCCUGCCGUCGGGUGUGCUAUGUCCCCUGUACAAUCUACAGGUGUUGAACUUGACGCGAAACAGGUUGCGAGAAGUGUCCGAUUUCAGAUUUUCGAACAGCCCGUCCGACAGGUGUAACGCGAACCUAAGGCUGUUGGACUUGUCCCGUAACAAGAUAGACAGAUUGAUGAGCGGACAGUUUUCCGGACUGACGCGGUUGCAAAAGCUCUAUUUGCAGGGAAACGGUCUGACCAACAUCGCCGACCGCGCGUUAGAGGGUCUCGUCGCCCUCAACAUACUCAAAGUGUCCGAUAACAAACUAGUCAGUUUACCCCCUGAACUAUUCUCCGAUACCAGAGACAUACGCGAGCUAUACCUGCAGAACAACACGAUAAACGUUUUAGCGCCUGGUCUAUUGAACGAAUUGACGCAACUCCUCGUCCUAGAUCUGUCGCACAACGAACUAACAACGGACUGGAUAAACGCCGGUACUUUUACUGGCCUUGUGCGACUAGUGGUGCUCGACAUUUCGUUCAACAAAAUAUCAAAACUCGAACUGUCGUUAUUCAGGGAUCUAUACAGCUUGCAAAUUCUCAGACUGAACGACAAUCAGAUCGAGAACAUACCAGAGAACACUUUCUCCGCUCUCUACAACCUUCACACUCUUAUAAUUUCGAACAAUAAGAUCGCGAGAAUCGACGGGGAUACCUUCAACGGAUUAUACGUUUUAUCCUUGCUCUCUCUGGAUAACAAUAAAAUAGCGUGGAUCCAUCCGGAAGCUCUCAAGAAUUGUUCCAGCCUGCAAGAUCUACAUUUAAACGGCAACAAACUACUCAACGUGCCCGAGGUUCUCAACAACGUUCCCAACCUGAAAACCCUAGAUCUCGGCGAGAAUCACAUAGACACGAUAACGAACGACACGUUCCCUGAGAUGAAGUCGAUGUUCGGUCUUAGGCUGACGGAAAACAACAUCGGCAACAUAUCCAAGGGAGUGUUCGAGAAGAUGCCGUCGUUGAAGAUCCUCAACCUGUCCAAAAACAAGAUCCAGAAGAUCGCAUCGGGCGCGUUCGACGUCAAUAUCAAUCUGCAGGCGAUAAGGCUGGACGGCAACUAUCUGACAGAUAUAGAAGAAUUAUUCGCCAAGUUGCCGCAUUUGGUAUGGCUCAACAUAUCCGACAAUCAUCUGAAAUGGUUCGAUUACGCCCUGAUACCGACCGGUCUGCAAUGGCUCGACAUACAUGCAAACCAAAUAGAAGAACUGGGUAAUUAUUUCGAAAUAGAAUCGAGCCUUUCGUUGAGCACCUUCGACGCCAGUUCCAACAAGCUGACUGAGAUAACCGGCAGUUCGAUACCGAACAGCGUAGAGGUUUUGUUCCUGAACGACAAUCUGAUUUCGAAGGUUCAAUCGUACACCUUCUUCAAGAAACCGAACCUGACCAGGGUGGAUCUGUUCGGUAACAAGAUAACCAGUCUGGAUCCGAAUUCCCUGAGGAUAUCCACGGUUCCCGUCGACAAGCAGCUGCCUGAAUUUUACAUAGGUGGAAAUCCGUAUAGGUGCGAUUGUACCAUGGAAUGGUUGCAGAAAGUUAACGUGGGUAAUCGUGUGAGGACUCAGCCGAAAUUGGUGGAUUUGGAGAGUAUCUAUUGUUCGUUGUUGUAUAAUAGAGGAAGGACUUAUGUUCCUCUUGUGGAAGCCGCGCCGUAUCAGUUCCUGUGCACCUACGAAACUCACUGUUUCGCCCUGUGCCACUGCUGCGAUUUCGACGCCUGCGACUGCGAAAUGACCUGCCCGACCAAUUGUACUUGUUAUCACGACCAAUCUUGGUCGGCCAACGUUGUGGAUUGUUCCUCCGGCGGCUACGUGGCUAAAUUACCCGAGCAGAUACCGAUGGACGCGACUCAACUCUACCUGGACGGUAACGACCUGCGGUCGUUAAACAGUCACGCAUUUAUCGGCCGCAAACGGCUCAAGAUCCUCUUCCUAAACAACUCAAACGUCGAGCUGAUACAAAACCGCACGUUCAACGGACUCCUCGAUCUCGAACUACUCCACCUGGAUCAGAACAGGAUUGCCGAGUUGCACGGCUACGAAUUCGACGGUCUGGCCGGUCUGAGGGAGAUUUUCCUGCAGCACAAUCGCAUCUCGCACAUCCACAACCAGACGUUCAACGGGCUCAGGCAGUUGAGGGUGUUGAGGCUCGACCAUAACCGGCUGACGACGUUCAACGUGUGGAACUUGCCGACCACCCUUAUCGACGCGACCAUGGCGUUCAAUCCUUGGUCCUGUGACUGCGAAUUUUCCGAACGGCUGAGAGAAUGGAUGAUACGUAGCGCCGGAGUCACGGACAUCGCGAAAGUCCGCUGCAUUCAUAACAUAACAGACAUCGAUUUUUACGACGAGAGCGUAUUCUCGGAGAAUUCCGACAACGGCUUCAAUGUGAGCACGGAAAACGGUACUUUAUGCACCGGAAUAGCGAUUGAUAACUCCGUGAACGGCAAUUUGACCGCUACGAAAACCAUCAUCAAGAAACAGGUGAUACAGGAUUAUCUGCCGAUCUUGGUGGGUACCCUCACAGUGUUCGCCGUGAUCGUUCUGUUGACCCUGAUCGUGUUCAUAUUCAGACAGGAGGUGCGGGUGUUCUGUCAUUCGAAAUUCGGGAUAAGGCCCUUCCAGAGGUCGAACGAAUUGGAUCGCGACGAUCGAGAGAAGUUGUUCGACGCGUUCGUCAGUUAUAGUUCGAAGGACGAGGCAUGGGUGGCGGAGGUUUUAGCGCCUGCUCUAGAACCGAACUACAAGCUGUGCCUCCAUUAUAGAGACUUUCCGGUGGGCGCCUUCCUAGCCGACACCAUCGUGCAAGCGGUCGAAUCCUCGAAAAGGACUAUAAUGAUCCUGUCAGAAAAUUUCAUCAAGUCCGAAUGGUGCAGGUUCGAGUUCAAAUCGGCGCAUCACCAAGUGUUACGCGAUCGUCGGAAAAGACUAAUCGUGGUGUUGCUCGGUGAAGUUCCCCACAAAGACUUGGAUCCGGACAUUCGUCUGUACCUAAAGACGAACGUCUACUUGCAGUGGGGCGACAAGCUUUUCUGGGAAAAACUCAAGUACUGCCUGCCGGACGUGCCCAACAACCAACGCCUGAGGAGCUCCGUACGAGGUCCCCACGUUCAUCAUCAUGUCCACAGGCAUAGCGCGAGGGGUCAGCCCCCCAACCCCCCCGGAAACGCGGCCAGGACGGUUGCGAUACACAUCUGAAGACUGUUUUAGUGCGACUUAAUUAUCAAUGUCAACAAAUUGUGAUAUUCCGAGAAGCAGACUGCGAGUGCAAUUCGUGCGAAGAAUGUGAUAGUCAAUUUUUGCGUGGGAGGUACAGGUGUGAAUGGAAGAUGUAGUGAAAGGGUAGAGUAUUUGUGAACGGUGCGAAUGUGGAAAAACAGAACCUCCUGAACCGUGUUCCGGACCUGCAGUAAUCCAGGGCGUCCUUGAAUCGCUGUAAAUACGGACUUGUAUAGCUAAUAAUAGGUAAACUGUAUAUCUGAAUUUCUGUAAAUAAUUUAUAUAUAUUUUUUAUUAUUUUUUUGGCCACUAUUUAUUGUAAAGUUUUCGAAUAUUUUUUCUGUACGUAAUUUCCGAUGAGCAUCUUUCCUGUGUGAAAGUGAUGAAUUUUUUAUAUCUACUGAAAUACGCUAACGCCUUCAAAUAUGGGAGUCUAAUAAAACGUCAUUUUUA